AUGCUAACCAUCUGGAUCUGCGGGUUUCCUGCUGUUAUUCGAUGCUGUUCCGCAUUCAUGCGAUCUCUCUUCCCUCGUGUCGUCCAGCUCCUCGUUCUCUCUUCUUUCGGCACCUGCUCUUUUUUCCUUUCCCCCUGCUCUCGUUUCCUUCCCCCCUGCUCUCUUUUCCUUCCCCCCUGCUCUCUUUUCCUUCCCCCCUGCUCUUUUUUCCUUCCCCCCUGCUCUCUUUUCCUUCCCCCCUGCUCUCUUUUCCUUCCCCCCUGCUCUCUUUUCCUUCCCCCCUGCUCUCUUUUCCUUCCCCCCUGCUCUCUUUUCCUUCCCCCCUGCUCUCUUUUCCUUCCCCCCUGCUCUCUUUUCCUUCCCCCCUGCUCUCUUUUCCUUUCCCCCUGCUCUCUUUUCCUUCCCCCCUGCUCUCUUUUCCUUCCCCCCUGCUCUCUUUUCCUUCCCCCCUGCUCUCUUUUCCUUCCCCCCUGCUCUCCUUUCCUUCCCCCCUGCUCUCUUUUCCUUCCCCCCUGCUCUCUUUUCCUUCCCCCCUGCUCUCCUUUCCUUCCCCCCUGCUCUCUUUUCCUUCUCCCCUGCUCUCUUUUCCUUCCCCCCUGCUCUCUUUUCCUUCCCCCCUGCUCUCUUUUCCUUCCCCCCUGCUCUCUUUUCCUUCCCCCCUGCUCUCUUUUCCUUCUCCCCUGCUCUCAUCUCCUGCCUGACUCGUGUGCGCAGUCCACGGCGGAGGGGGAACGCCGGGUGGUAAAUUCUCUGGGGGGAGAGUGUGUGGGCGCGGGAGUGGAUCCAGCACCUGCAUCGGUUGCUCAGGGCGGGUCGUCCCCACCCACACCACCACCACCGGGCAUCGCGGCACCAGCUCCUGCUGCUCCUGCUCUCACCGCCUCUCUUGCCAACACGCCCCCUGCAACUCCUCCUGCUGCUGUGGCGGCCGGAGGAGCAGCUGCUGCUGCUGCUGGGGUUGGCAAUGGUGAAUGGGGAGUGCCGCCCACCUCCGGUGCGCAUCAGCAUAUGGUAGCACAAGGAACAGUGCAGCAAGGUGCAGUGCUGCACCAAGCGGUGCAGAACGGUUCCCCUCGAAAUCCUUCUUGUAGCGAGCCGUCUUUUGCUGCAGAUCCUUCCUCUGUGUCGCUUGCUGCUGCUCCGUCUGCCACCUGUGUUUCUCCCCCACCGGAUUCCGUUGUUGCGUCUGCUCUGUAUGCCACUCAGCUGACUGGUCAUGUGGGGGCAGCAAGCACGGGCCAGCAGCAGGGCGCACUGAUCGGGGGUGCUGCCUCCGCCCAGCUCAUGGCCUCUCUCACUGCAGCACCAGUGGUGGGACCAGGAGCUGUGGCGAGUACAGGAACAAAAUUGUCGCCAGCGAGAGCAGUAGGCGCGGGGGCAGCCGGCAGCAGCGCGCAGCACCCUGCAGUUGCAGCAGUAGGCGCAGGAGGAGGGGGAGGCGGAGGAGGUGCAGCGGAGAGUGCGUCACAGUUGUCAGAAGCACUUGCGGCCGCAGCAGCAGGGGGUGGCGCGGGGACAGGGGAAGCAGCGGGGGCGCAGCUGUCAGCAGCGCUGGCAGCAGCGGGGGGCAGCAAUGCGCAGCUGUCGGCUGCACUGGUGGGCCUCACGGGGACUGGCAGAGGCGCCGCCUCCAAUGAACCCCGACUCAGGGACGUGCUCAGUGACCCCCUCACGGGUCGAUUGCUUGAUGACGCCGUGGUGGGGUGCUGCGGCCAUUCCUUCGGAGGGGCAACGCUGGCCGUUGUGCGCGAAUCAGCGUUGCUGCAUCUCAAAAACCAGCUCGUCUUCCCGUUGGACCGUUCACGUGGCUCCUCUCCUCGCCACCACCUCCUCACGUUCCACCCUCCGCCUGCCAUCACGGAUUCUCUGCGUCAUCACACCUCUUGCUGCCUUUCGUCCCCAAACUGCUCCUGCCUUCUUGCCUAUGAUCCCCUACUCCCCCUCGUGACUUGUCCUCCCCAGAGCACGUGUCCCGAGUGUGGCGCACACAUAGACGCCGCCACGCUCACCCCCAACCUCACCCUGCGUGCCGCCGUUGCCGCCUUCCGCCGCGAGUCCAGCUCCCUCGCUGCCGCCGCCAUGGCUGCUGCCGCUGCCGCUGCCGCCCAGCUAUCCGCGGACACGCCCACCCACGCGCACCACCACGCGUCCUCAGCCUCACAGCACUCCCCUUCACUCUCCUUCGCUGUCGCCGCUGCCGCCGCCGCAGCCACAGCAGCCGGCUCUCCACCAGCAGUGCCCAUGGGGGGCCGAGGAGGGGCAUCCCUCCUCGCCUCCUUCGCCGCUUCCGCCUCUCCCACUGCCUCCAAGCCCGCUGCCCUGCUCCAAACCCUCCCUGGUCCGGCCCGAACCAGCUACGCUGCGCCAGGCUCGGUCACCGCCGCCAGCCUCCGAGCCUCAGCCGAGGCUCCCCAGCCGGGCACACAGCAGCCCGCCCAUCCUGCACCUGUCCGGCCGGUCCGGUCGACCAGCACGGCCCAGUUCCCAUUCCGAGUGAACGACGUGGUGCUGAUAAAGGGCAACAAGCGCACACCGGAGCACUUCAUCGGGCGCAAGGCCAUCAUCACGACGCAGUGCCUCAACGGGUGGUACAUGGUGCGCACUCUCGAUGGCGCUGCUGACGAGGUGCGCCUGCAGUACCGGUCCCUGGAGAAGAUCCAUGCUGCUGCCGCUGCUGGGGGAGGAGGGGCAGGGGGGAGUGGAGGGAAUGGAGGAGCGGAUGGGGUUGGUGCUGGUGGGGUUGCGGGGGGGGGGAGUGUGGUGACAGGUGGGGGAGGAGGAGGGAGUGGGGGCGGGGGGAGAGGAGGGGUGGGUGGAGGCGAGGGGGAGAGUCAUCGGCUGCUGCCGCCAGCUGGGGUGCCCAAGGGGCGAGGGGGAGGGCAUGGUGGAGCGCGCAGGGAGACCAAAUCCAAACCUUUCAUCCCACUCCCACAACACCCCCCCCCCGGUCCCCUACCUACCCACCUCUUUCCGCCACGCCCCUUCCAACUCUCCUCUUCCUCCCGCCCUGUCUGUGUCCCUGCCUGCCAACUCUCCACCUGGUCGCCCCCUUCUCGCGGCAGUGGGGCGGGGCAGGGGAGGCCGGGGGGCGGGGAGGGCGGCAACGAGUGCAUCGCCCAUCAGCACGCCAGCGUCACUCUGCGGCAGUCUCUCCACGCCCAACGCGUCCCUCUGGACCGCGCCUCCUUCUGGACCAGUGCGUCGCUCUCCUCCUCCACUCGUCCCCCUGCCUGUGUUGCUCCCCCUCUUCUGCCUCUUCCUCUUGCCUGUCUACCUCGUGCCUCCUGUUCUCCCCCUACUCUCUCCCCUCCCCAACCCCCCGGCUACUCCUGUGUUGCUCGCUCUGCUCUGCCCCGUUCGGUGGCAGGUUCGGCAGCAGCAUCGGAUGCAGCAGGGGGAGCAUCACGGUCAGUGUCAGUGUCGGGGGACUUUGGCAUGUGCAGCGGGCCGGCAGGGGAGGUGGAGCAGGGCGCCAUGUCCACCACUCCCAGAAGCGGCACCUCCCAUGUCACCCGCAUGUCCCAUGCCGCCCCCAUGCCCCACAUGCCUCAUGUGCCCCACAUGCAUGGUCCUGGUGGUGCUAUGGUUGUGAAUACACCGCACACUAGCAUGUCAACGCCCCAUCACGCCAUGCCGUCUGCCCACCACAGCUCAUCAACGGCUCCACAGAGCACGGUGGUUUAUCCGACGGCCAGCAGCGCGCCCACCACGCCGGCAUCCAUUGGUCAUGCUGCCAUGCCCGUGCCUGCUAGCCCAGCUCAGGCACCGGGAUUCGGUGCGCCGAAGGCGGUGAGCUCAUCAGCGGUCGAAUCUUUGACAGUGGGCGCAGCGGCAGGUGGUGGUGUGGCAGCAGGGACGGGGGGGGAAGCAGGGCAGGGGCAUUCCCUAGCAAUGGGCGGUCAGAGGCCAACUGAAGGGGUUCUGAGGAGUGAAGUGUAUGGGCAGCAAGUGGGUGUGCAGACUACAGGGCAGUGUAUGGUGCAGCAGCCCCUAGGUCAGCAGCAGUGGAGCGCCGCACAGGGGGCAGGACUGCGGCAAGGAGGAGCAGAGACGGCGCAGGUGUGGCAGGCAGCAGUGCAGGGGCAGGGGGGCACUGCCGUGCAAGGGGCAGGGGGCGUGAUGCAGAUGCAGAAUCCGAUGAGCGUGGGUGCAGGGCCAGGUGGUGCGGUGGUUAGUCAGGCAGGGAUGCUGCCCAACCAGGGCGGCAUGGCAGAGAGUGAGGGGCGUGUGAUGGCAGGGCAGGGGGGAGCAGCGCAGCAGGCGAUGGGGAGGCAGCAGCAGCAAAGCUGCGCGCCAGGUGGCUUUCUCCCUGCUGCCGUUGACAUGCUGCCUGCAGCUCCCAGCUAUGGCGCUGGGUUCACAAGCAGCAGCGGAGCACACCUCCUUCCUUUGCCCGCCACACAGAGCCUUGCCGCCCAGCAGAUCAUGGCAGCCACGCAGCAGCAGCAGCAGCAAAGUGUCAUGUCUUCUCAGCACAAUCUGUUGCAACAGCAUCAGCAGCAGCAGCAGCAGCAGCAGCAGCAACAACAACAGCAACAGCAAGGUGUGUUUGGCAGCGAGCAUAUGCUGGAGGCGCAGCAGCAGCGGCAGCGGGUGCAGUGGCGGGCGGCAGCAGAGGCGGAGGUGGAGAGGAGCUCUGGGGUGCGCCGUGCCCUCCACUCCUCCUGCACUCCAGCAGCCCAUGACUCACAGGGGCAGGGGCAGGUUCAAGGGCAGGUUCAGGGCAACCAGCGCCCAGACACUGUCGUCUGCUUUGACUCCCAGACCGGCACAGACAACAACAACAAGAGGUCGGGAAACGGCUGUGCCCCCCCUACAGUAGCAGCACCGGUAUCACCGCCACAGGCACCACAGGCAUCGUCGGAAGCAGCAACGAGCCUUCUUCCCUCCCAUGCGAGCAGGUUGCAAUCUCAGAUGCAGCAGCAGCAGCAGCAGCAGCAGCAGCAGCAGCAGCAGGAGAUGCAAUCUGCUUUGCAGGGGACGGAGAGGGUGACUACAACGAAGCCUUUAACUGUGACUAUGGUGAGAUCGGGCUGGAGGAUUUGUCACGUGGGGGGGGCGAGCUUGACAGCGGCGGCCUGGACUGGUUCGACCAGUUCUGAGAACCAAGGGACGAGCGCUGGGCUGCCGGCUGCAGCCGUGCUGCAUGCAUGCCCGUUCAAUGUGAUGGCAGGUGGUGCCUCCAAGGAUAUGCAGCUUCUUGAUCAUUCUCAAAGAUCGCUCACAAACACUGCAGCCAUACUGUCCUCAUGCCCAUUGGAUGUGGCAGGAGGCGCUGCUGUAGACGACAAGCAGCUUGGGCUUCUGGGAGUGAGGCCAGUGAAUGAAAGCCAGCAGUGCAACCGUUGCAGCAUGCCACCCAGAGCGCUUUUCACAGACUCGCCUUCCUCCCCGCGUGCCACCUGCAGUCCCCCCUCACCACCCCCUGCCACAUGCCUUGCCCGUCCCAAUCGGGCCACCGUUGCUGCCAGUGGUGCUCUUGGUACCGCCACUGCCACCGUUGCUGUUGCCAGUGUUGCGUCUGUCGACAUUGCAACUGCCAGCAUUGCAAGCGCCAUGGGAGCUGCUUCUGGAGCUGGUGCAGGGCCUUGGGUGCACGCCAGUGCCCGAGAUGCUGCUUGUGCUGCUGCUGGCAGGCAUGCCGUGACAGGAGCAAGUGUCAUGGAGAAUGGUGGUGAUGCUGAUACGUACGCCAAUGCAGUCGAUGGUGAUGCUCCUCCUGACGCUGCUCUUCAUACGGCUCCCGAUGUGCAUGCUGCGAGUCUCAAGACACACUCUCCGUCUGACCCUCUGGGAGAGGAGAAAGACGAAGAAGGGGAGGAGGAAGCAGAAGGGGAAGAGGAAGGGGAAGAGGAAGAGGAAGAAGCAGGAAGAGAGGAGGAGGGUGGGUCCGAUUGUGCAGCAGUGGUGGGGCCUGGGGCAGAGAGGAGCGGGACAGCAGCAGCAGGGGAGUGCAGUGGGGGAGGGGAGGCCAACGUGAGGCGGCUUGAAGCUGCCUCUAUCAGCCAUGCGGGUCGUGUGAGCUCAACCCUCAGUUCCAACACACAGGCUGUGGCUGUGUCAUCACGGGGACCGGUGCCAUCACAGGGGGCGGUGCCAUCACAGGGGGCGGUGCCAUCACAGGGGGCGGUGCCAUCACAGGGGGCGGUGCCAUCACAGGGGGCGGUGCCAUCACAGGGGGCGAUGAUGCUGGUAUCAGGGGCGACCGCAUGGCAGCGCAGCAAGGCAGGGGAGGUCAAGGACAGCACCACCACUGCCUCCUCCUCCCCCAAAAUGACGGCUCUGGACCUUCUGAGGAGGAAGAGCCCUGCGCCCCCAUCCAUCUUCCGCCCACCCGAGGCAGCUCCACUGCCCGCACCCCCACCACCUGCACCCGCACCAGCUUCAACUGCACCCGUUGCACAUGCGGCACUGGCAGCAGCAGCAGCACCAGCAGCACCAGCAGCAGCAGCAGCAGCACCAGCAGCAGCAGCAGCGGCUCUUUCAGCAACCCCUCUGUCGUCAGCCACACUCGCAUCGGCACCGCCAGCUGCACCCGCAGUGCCAGCUGCACCCGCUGCAGUUGCAGUGCAGUCCGCACCAGCAGCAGUGUCUCCAGCAGUGCGCGGUGCAGGUGCAGCAGGAGUGGAUGGGGGAGAGGAUGUGCCGUCAGCAGGCGCGGAUGGGGAGGCGUUGGUGGGAGAGGGGCGCGAGGGGGAGAGAAUGCAAGGGGAACCCGAGCAGAGGAAUGAGGGGAAGGAGGAGGGAAACGGAAAAGAGGAGGGAAAUGAAGAGGAAGGGGAAAACGGCGAGUGGGGAGAAGAGGAUGAGGAGGGUUUGCCAGGGACGACAAGUGGGCAUGAGUGUGGGGCUAGAAGCAUGCCUGUUAGCACUGGUGGUGGAGGUGGUGGUGGUGGUGGGGAUGGUGAUGGUGAUGGGGAUGGUGAUGGUGAUGGUGAUGGUGAUGGGGAUGGUGUUGGGGAUGGGGAUGGGGAUGGGGAUUGUGGUGGUGGUGAUGAUGGUGACGGGGAUUUGGAUGGGAAUGGGGAUGGUGACAGGGAUAAUGGAGUGGAAUCAUUAGGCAGAGGUGAGUUGCGGCAGGGUGUUGGGGGGAGGGCAUUGGAGCACAGCGAAACUUCUCCCACUGACACAGCUGUGGGCAGUGAUUCAAGGGAGAUGGGCGUGGGUGUGCUGGUACCCCAGGCGCAACAAGGUGCUCGUGGUGCUGCCGGUGGGGUCACUAAGGCUCACAGACGCACUGCUGCUGCUGGCGCCACUGAUUCUGACACGCAUGAAGGGGAACCGGUGCUCGGAAAGAGGGGUUUGGGAAGAGAGGGUUUGCGAGGUGGAGAGCCUAGCGCGCCUUUGGAGGCGCUUCCAUUGGCGAGAGACAAGGAGGGGGGCGAGCAGUGGCAGCAGGAGGCGGAGCAGGAGCAGGGAAGAGUGAGUGCGCUUGCCGUCCCACAUAGAAAUGGCGUCUCAGAUUCUGUUGGCAGGGGCGCCGGCCUUGCUGCCAGGCGUGGUGGUGAGAGUGGCAGCACAGAUGCUCGUGCUGCGAUGCUCGUGGGGGCUGCGCCCGCAGGGCAGGACAGGCCAGCAGGGCAGGACAGGCCAGCAGGGCAGGACAGGCCAGCAGGGCAGGACAGGCCAGCAGGGCAGGACAGGCCAGCAGGGCAGGACAGGCCAGCAGGGCAGGACAGGCCAGCUCGUGGGGUGUUGGGCGAGGAAGGGGUGAGGGUGAGCAGGGAGGGUGGUGAGGGCAGUGAGGGUGGCAAGGGUGGGCAGGAUGUGCAGGGGAAGGGGGGCGAGACGGGAGGGGCGAGUGAGCAGGGCAGCGCGGGUGCGAGGGAAGAGGGGGCGGAACAAGAG